AUUGGGCAGAGCCAAAGAAGAAAGCAAAAAUUAGGUUCGUUCUGAAACCCGGGUAAAGGUCAGAGGUUCAUCUGAUUAGUACUGUCCGCGAGAGCUCCAUAUUUAAGUCACAAGUAGGUGAAUUUUAGCUUGUGGCCCGCGGAUGCUAAGUUACCGGUUACCAUUUUUAUCGGUUACCUUUCAACUUCUUUUGUUUUCACAUAUAAUAGGAACGAAACAGCAUAAAUUUCGGAUUUCAGAGGAUAGCUUUGGUUGUUAACGUGUCUAGUUCUGUAACACAUACAGUUAUGGAGUAAUUAAGUUGAACAGAGGGAAAGAGGGAAAAGCAGCUGUUUUUCGUUUUGGUUCGAUAUGGGGGGAAUGUCUCAGCUUGGACAUUGUAAUGGGGUUUUUCAGUACCCAAAAAUGAGCCCACUGCUUCAGAUAAGAAAGGAGAGAACUCAAAGGAAAAUAUCCUUGCAAGGACAAGCUGUUCCCUCUAGAACCCAGAGGAUAAUGGAAAGCAUUUCAGUAAGUGGUGAAGUUGGUGGUGCUGGUGGGGCAUACUCUUAUAAUGCCCUAAAGAGAUUGGACAAUAUCUGGUCUAGCAUCUGUUCUACUCAAGCAGUUUCCCAAGAACCACAAGAAGUAGUUUCAAGUGUUCCACAUGUGUCCAGUCAUUCUGAUCUGACUGACAAAGCAGGAGACAGAUUUGAUGUGGUAGUUUGUGGAGGCACUUUGGGGAUCUUCAUUGCCACAGCAUUGAGUGCCAAAGGUCUUCAAGUAGGCAUUGUGGAAAGAAAUAUACUAAAAGGGAGGGAACAAGAAUGGAAUAUCUCGAAGAAAGAGCUCUUGGAGCUGGUAGAAGUUGGAAUUCUCACAGAGGAUGACAUUGAACAAGCUACAGCAGUGAAGUUUAAUCCUGACAACAUCCAAGUGCCAACGCUGCCUUUGUGUCAUCUCAUUGGUUAUGACGUCCUCAAACUUAUUUCUUUUGGAAUUUCGUUAACUGUGCAGAACAGAUGUGGAUUUGAGGAUAAAGGCGAAAUCUGGGUUGAAGACAUUCUUAAUCUGGGUGUUUUGCCUGUAAAGCUCAUAGAGGCUAUGAAGAAACGCUUUAUUUCUCUUGGUGGAGUAAUCUUAGAAGGCUACAGUGUGUCCAGCAUCCGUGUAUAUGAGGAUGCAGCAGUCUUGCAGCUAGUGGAGGGAAAUACCCUGUCAUCCCGUCUUAUCGUUGAUGCAAUGGGGAACUUUUCACCUGUUGUCAAGCAGAUAAGAAGAGGAAGGAAGCCUGAUGGUGUUUGCCUCGUUGUUGGGUCUUGUGCUCGUGGUUUUAAGGAUAAUUCUACAAGUGAUGUCAUAUAUAGUAGUUCAUCUGUUAAGAAAAUUGGAGACUCGGAAGUACAAUAUUUUUGGGAGGCAUUUCCAGCUGGCUCUGGUCCUACAGAUCGUACUACAUAUAUGUUCACCUAUGUUAAUCCGCAACCUGGAUCUCCCAAAUUGGAAGAAUUAUUAGAAGACUAUUGGGAUUUGAUGCCUAAAUAUCAGGGAGUCUCCCUUGACAAUCUGGAGAUUCUGAGAGUUAUAUAUGGAAUUUUCCCUACAUAUCGUGACAGUCCAUUGCCAGCAGCAUUCAAUCGUAUCUUACAGUUUGGUGAUGCUAGCGGCAUACAGUCACCUGUGUCAUUUGGUGGUUUUGGGAGCUUGACAAGGCAUCUUGGGAGAUUAUCAACUGGAAUAUAUGAAGCGAUCAAUGGUGAUUUUCUUGAUGCAGACAGCUUGUCUCUACUAAAUCCAUACAUGCCCAAUUUAAGUGCUUCCUGGCUAUUUCAAAAAGCUAUGUCAGCAAAGCAAAACUCUAAUGUUUCUCCAGAAUUUAUUAAUGAGCUUCUUCAUGUCAAUUUCCAGAGCAUGCAGAAGCUGGGCGAUCCAGUUCUAAGACCAUUCCUUCAGGAUGUUAUACAGUUAGAGCCCCUUGCCAAGACAUUAGGCCUUGUUAUGCUAACUAAACCUCAAAUUAUCCCAUCAAUAUUCAAGCAGGUUGGUAUUCCUGUACUUCUGGACUGGUCUGGCCAUUUUUUCAUGCUCAGUUACUAUACUUUUCUCUCUAGCUUUGCCGACCCUGUAAUCAGACCAUUAUUAAAUGUGUUUCCAUCGAAGAUUAAGUUUGAGUGGAAACGGCAUCUUGAGGCUUGGAAAUAUGGAUCUGGUUUAGAUUACAAGCUAUGAGGAUUCAUUGAAGGAUCUUAGAUUGAACUAAUGGAGAAUGUAUAUCUAAUAGUGCCCAGUUUCAUGAACUGGUAAAUCAGAACUAAUAUGUUCAUCUCAGGUUUUGUAGCUAUUUUUGGAUCCUAUUUGAAAAUCAAUGGAACAUUCUGUA